UCGUAACCUUUGACCUUCACUCGAUGGUGUUAUUAUCGGGGGGAUUCUAACAGGUGUUUCCUGGGUAAGCUUGGCUGACAGGUGCGUUACGCUUUUCAUCUCGGGUCAUACUGUGAGUUUUGGCGGUCGUUUCGCGGCAAAUGAGUGGAAAAAAUUGGAAAAGAAAAUUAUAUGUAUGUAUUUCACUCUGAAUAAUUUCCUCCCGGGACGAUUUAUUUUGUUAGUGAAAUUGAAUUAGUGUCGAAAUAUUGGAGAAGAAAAAAGGAGUUCCAAUAUACCUUCGUUUACCCAUUUCGUAUUGGCUUGUCAUUCCAAUAAGUUACGCAAAUAUCUUUUAAAGUUUCUUAAAGAAGACCAGGAACCUCUUCUGACUACAUACACAAUCAACGCUGUGCACAUCUCAUCAGAAAGAAGAAAGGAGAAAACAAAAUACAAGAUUGGACGAGACUGUGAGGAAAGGGAUGUGACAAGGAAAAAAUCAAUAUUAGACAAAGGAAUACAGUCUGAAGAACGGAACGUAGAAGGGUUUAGAGAAAAGCAAGAAUAAUACAAUCACUCAAUCCCUCCAACAGUAGUCACAGAUCUUUAAAUGCUCCGGUAGGAUGUAACACCUCAUCACCUUCUAGAUCAGAAGCUGCAGCAUUGCUUCCAGUCGACCAAUCCAGUACCAUCAGCAAGAAUGAAUUAGAAUGAAACAUAAGAGUUAGGCACAUCACCAGUUUUGCAAUUAACCACAAAAACCUCUUUGGUUCUUACUUUCGAAGUUACUUUUAGGAGGAGUGUCUCAACGUUCAUUAACUCUCCAACCGUAAUAUCACGAGUCUAUUACUUUUUCAAAUUUGAUUCUAUUCAGUCAAGAGACUUGGGUUUUAUAUUGGAUUUUUCGGGAGAGGCCGUGAUCAGAAUGGACUUGCACGAGUCCUCCUGCAGCUCCGCCCUCAGCGUCGUUUCUGCGACGCCCUUUGUCGUCCUCGAAAUCUGAAGGAAGAGAGGAGAAUUAUGAGAAGGCUGGAGAUCAGUCCAAGAUGGAAGCUGCCUCCUCUCUUUGCUGAAGCUGCUGUUGUUGAAGUGGAAUGGGAAAGCAGCAACGAACAUUUAUUGUUACUACCGUUAGUGCUGUCCCCCAUUCUGGCUUUUGGACGGGAUGCUUCUUCGUUUAUAUUUUUGACCUGACUUGAAAUGAACCGCGGGAGAACCGAGGCCUCCUCGCUGCUCCUUCCUGUCAUUAUCGUCGUCGAGAUUAUGUUUUUGUGGACCUUCGAGCAGCGGCACCGUUCUUUACUACUGUCAUGAGUCACCUUCUGGUUUUUCUCUUCUCGUUGAUUCUUAUGUCGCGUUCCUCUCCUCCUUCCUCCUCCUCCUCCUCCUUCUCCUCAACCUCCUCCUCAUCUUCCUCCUCCUCCUCCUCCUCCUUGUUCACUUAUGGCGACGGAGGUGUCGUUGGGAGGGGACGCCAGGAACUUCUCAAUUUGCCUCCCAAGCCAAGAGCCUAUCGCUCCCCCCUAAAGGGAGAGCCGCCCCCAGACGUCCUGUUCUUCGAUGGCUCAGUCCACCUGAUGUCUGUGCAGGAUGCUGCUGCUGCUGCUGCUGCUGUUGCUUCCCCUCUAACGGCUACGUCAACAACCUCCGCUGACGGAGGAGGAGGCACCGCCGUCAUCGCCGCCCCUUCGUCUCCUCCACCCACCUCACCGCGGACCAUAUUCUUUUCCCGCCCACAAAAGCCACCCAGGCACGGGGAACGCCGCCACUCCUCAUCCGCCAGUGACGUCACGGAAGGUGGUACUCAUCGGGUCUCUUCGGAAGAAACACUAGCGACCUCGUAUGACCAAAAGUUUGACCAGAUCGAAAUAUUGGACCCAGAAGUCUCUCCUCUCCAAGGCACCGCCACAAACACCAGCACCACCAAGCCCCCCCACACGCCCGUCUAUAAGUUGGGCGCCGUCUUCGAACCCGACCACAUCCAGAGUCUCUCCUCGGUUUUUUUCCAGUUGCUGCAAGAACAAAACCACCUGAAUGGGGCCGUCUCCCGAUUUGAAGGAGUCGUCGUCGAGACGCCCGAACUCAAGCUGGGCGCCCUGAAAGGCGCCUGCGAGACCCUCAAGUCUGAGGGAGUGAGUGCUGGUUUGGCCGUUGGUAUGACGCAGAGCAUCUACGCUUCGGGGGCUCUCGCUUCCUUGGCUGGAGUGCCACUCGUCGUCAGGUCGGUCAAGGGAUAUGGAGAUGAGACCCUAGAGGCUUUGCUGCCCAACCUCGUGAUGACGAACCCCCGCCUCUCGGACCUUUGGAAAGCAGCGACGUCCUUCAUCGAGAUCAUGAAGUGGCAACAACCGGUCCUGAUCCACGACGACUCCCCGCAGGCCCUCCAGUUGGCGCACAUAGCUUCUCGCGACUCUACCCACCAGCCGCUGCGGCUCUCGUUCUCCAUCGGCACACCGAAACAGCAUUUCCAGAACCGUCUCUCCAAGAUCCUACACACGGUGCAGAGGAUGGUCUUCGUCUCGGGCACCACCAACUUCGUCAGCGUGCUCUUCUCGCACAGCGAAGACCUCGGCAUGUUCAGCGGGGAAUACGUCUGGGUCCUGUUGGACAUCGCGCUGCCGAAGGACGUCUCGGCGUCCCUCCGGCCGGGGCUCAUCAGCAUCCGGCCGGAUUUCCAGCGGGUCGCCAAGAGGAGGUUGUUUAUAGACUUUGUUAAGUCAUCGCUAUCUGUGAUAUCUGAGUUUUUCAAAGAAGCUACGGUCGCGUCGGCAUCAUACCUGGCGGCGUCGUCGACUGUUCAGUGUGAAGUGCCUUACAGAAAUCUGUCCAACAAUCAGUAUGAAUUAAACAGACAACUCAGAGAGAAGCUCGAAUCAACAAGAUCCACCUACCCCAACGCCACCUCCCUUCCGGGCAUCAUACCCUUUUUCUACGUGGAGAACCUGAUGCCCAAGUCGUCGGGCUUGGGCACCCAUUGGAACCGAAUUGGCUACAUCAACGGGUCCGCGGUCCAGAUCAACACCAUCUACUGGCCGGGUCGGGGACACAAAGGCAUCAAGGAACACAGGAAGAAGCUGAGGGUAGCGCUGGCGGAGGCCCCGCCCUUCGUCAUGACCUCGCCCCUCAUCGAAAAUACCACCUGCCUGCUUGGAGUCAUGUGCCUCAAGGUUUUGUCGUCGGAAGUUGCAGCAACCUUUGCCGACGUGGAGAGGAAGGUCGUCAACGCCUCCAGGAAUUACCAAAUGUUGUGCUGCACUGGAUUUGCGGUGGAUCUCAUGCUCAACGUGGCCCAGGACCUCGAGAUACAACUGCAGGUGUACCUGGUGAGAGACGGCACCUUCGGCGCCCCCCGCAGCAGCGGUUGGACAGGCGUGGUGGGUGACCUCAUGGAUGGCUCAGCCCAUCUCUCCUUCGCCCCUCUGUCCGUCACUGCUCAAAGGGCGCGGAUCCUCGAGUUCUCGGAGCCUUAUUUCUACUCAUCCAUCGCCAUCCUUUCAUCCACAAAACAUAUGAGCGUUCCCCUCCUGGCCUUCCUCGUGCCCUUCAGUGCUGAGCUGUGGAUUGCCAUCAUCGUGUCCCUCAACAUCACAGCCUUCAGCGUUGCCGUCUACGAGUGGCUCAGCCCAUUCGGCCUCAACCCCUGGGGCCGACAGAGAUCCAAGAACUUCAGCUACGGGUCGGCUCUGUGGGUCAUCUGGGGUUUGCUCUUCUCCCACUUGGUGGCCUUCAAAGCACCAAAAUCUUGGCCCAACAAGGUCCUCAUCAACGUGUGGGGUGCCUUCAGCGUCAUAUUCGUGGCUUCCUACACCGCCAACAUAGCUGCCCUCUUCGCCGGUCUUUUCCAGACGAGGUACCUGCAUGACCGCAGCCUGUUGUCGCUGCGCGUCGGAGCUGUUCGGGCGAGCUCCGUUGAGUAUUACGUCUCCCGGAAGGAUCCGGAACUCUGGGCUCACAUGAAACCCAACCUGGUCGAUAACUUCACCCAUGGACUUCACAAGCUUCACUCUGGAUCCCUGGACCUGUUGGUUGGCGAUUCUGCAAUCCUUGACUACUUGCGCGCUAAUGACCCAGGGUGUACGCUCAGAGCUCAUGGUGAUGACCUUGUUCCAGAUACCUUUGCCCUAGCCAUGCCAAAAGGAUUUCCCCUCAGGGUGAAAAUCAACGCGCUGCUGGCCCGCUACCAGUCCUCGGGCCACCUGGACCACCUGAAACACAAGUGGUACGGCGAGCUUCCGUGCUUUCGCCUCUCCGCUGACAUCUACAAACCGCAGGCUCUCGACAUCAGCACCGUUGCUGGGGUGUUCCUCGCCCUCACCCUCGGCAUUGGAGUGGGACUCAUCAUCCUCAUCCUCGAACACCUCGUCUACCGCUACGUUCUCCCUUCGCUUCGAACGAAGCCCAAAGAGUCCGUCUGGAGAAACAGAAACUUAAUGUUUCUGAGUCAGAAACUGUACAGAUUCAUCAACUGCGUGGAGCUCGUGUCCCCACACCAUUCAGCAAAGGAACUGGUCAACAACUUGAGGACAGGACAGAUCAUGGGGCUCUUUCAGAAGUCCGUGAAGAGGAAGGAAAACGAGCAACGUCGGAGGAGGAAGAGUAAAGCACAAUUCUUUGAAAUGAUUCAAGAAAUCAGAAGAGUACAGAAAGCUGAGAAGGAAGAAGAAAUACCUGAAGCAGAGGUUCCCCUCACUGAGAGUAAGCCACCUUCCCAUGCUGAAUCAGAAGUACCUCCAGUCGAUCCAUCACCUACCCCAGCAAGCAGCUCUGUCACUCCUUCCCAUAAACCUCUCCUUGGACAUCGGCAAAAAACCACAAAUGCACAGGCCACCAUUGCCAUAGACUACAUCCCCGGACCUAAUCCUCAAGAAGAUUCUGAUGGUAUUAUCAGAGUUAAUAGCUCUCAACCUCUCGGAAAUAUUAGCUAUGAUAAUGCAACCUAUUACAGUCAGAGGGGAAGUGCUGAUCGUGAAGAAGACUCAGAAUCAGGGAUCCUCAUCCUGAGGGUUAAGGAAGAAGGGGUUCACGAACGAAACUGCCUGAACCAAAAAGUGGAAAGCCUCCAACCUUACAGUCCAACAAGCGAGAGCCUAGACAACUGUGAUCACUGUUCAUACCCAAGCCAGGAUGAUGGAACCAGCAUUCACAGUAAAACUUCCGGGGGGUGUCUUAACUGCUUGCAGAGGCAAGACAGUAAUAGACAAGAAAGAAGGGAUAAUGGGAGCACUUAUUACCCUUGCAAUGUAUCAUAUGGGACCAGGGAGACACUCAUUAGAGAGCAUAGAAUAACUACACAUGAUGGAACCUUCAAACCCCAACGUCAAAACCCACCUCCUGUCUGCCAGCCCAUCCCUACCUGUAGGAGUUCAGGAAGUCUCAAAUCUUUUCCAGGCUACACAAGCAGGACAAAGCAAGGUAAUGUAGCAGUGUGGAACUCUAAAUCAUUAGAUCAAAUGGAUUCUCACGAGGAGGGAUUAAUAGAAGAAGUAUACGAAGGGGUGCGACUGGUACCAUUAUCUCAACAAUCAGCAUUACAGUCAUCAGGAUCACUUCAGCUGGUUGCUGCUCUUUCUCCAGGUUGUGAAAGAGUUAAUGCAGACCAUCUUCGGCAUGUCACAAAAGCUGAUUUAUGGAGAUUGUGGCAAGAUUCUGAGAUUCAACUCCGAGCCAGAUUACGUCAAGCAGAAUCUCAGCGGGAUGAAUUGCUCAGGAGACUGUGUCAACUUACUUCCUGUGAUUCUUUAGGCAAGGUUCCAGAUAAUCCUGUGAUGCCUGAAGAACCAAAAGUAGUCAAAGAAAAAGCGGUUCCUGGAAAAUUUGGAAGUUUAGAUGCCUUGCUUGAGGUGGGCGACAUGACUUUCCAAAAAAGACAAUGAUUCAACCUCAACUUUCAGCCGAGAUGAUAGUGUGCAAGGAACAGAUCAGAACUGCCGAAUAUAGGGUUUCUAAUGAUAAAUGGGCUCCUAGAGUUAAAAAGACUAUCAAAAAUACCUCUGAAGUGAGUUUCAGAAAUAUUGGCGAUAAUAUACCUCCACCAACAGCAUCGUUACGUAGACAAAGAAUGAGAUCACAGGACAAACACGAAAGAAGAAUCACUUUCGAGCCUUCUCUAAGUCUAGGAGACGAUAUAUUUCAGGAGCGACUAAACCCACCUCCAAAGUUCGAAGAUAAACCUCGUGAUGAAGGUCACGGCAGCAAAAGGGAAUCGGAAGAGGAGUUAACACCGAGGAGAAGGACACCGACGCGACGAAAACACAGCCACCCUGUCGUUAUGGAAAGCUCAGUUGAUUAUCCCAUCGGUUACCCUCAUACCCCGCUCCCUCUACUUCACUCUCUCCAUCAACAAACAAAGCACGAAUCAUCAAAACAGUCCAGCCUUAGGCAUCGGAAAUCUACACACAGAAAAGAAGAGCAAAGCGCGCCGGAAAAAUUUGACGACCCACUGCGAGCACCCCCUCCCAUGUUUAGUUCUUCCAGAGGUCCUUCAGGAGAUCAAAGCGGCAGCAGCGAAGAUUGGCAUAACCCGCACUCAUCAAAUGCAGGUCAAACACCACGCAGAUACUAUUACAGGGACAGGGACAGAGACAGGGACAGGGAUAAGGAAAGGGAUAGGGAAAGGGAGAGGGAAAGAGAGAGAGAAAGAGAUAGGGGCUUGUAUCACCCCCGUCCACAGUCAGAAUCAAGCAAGGUCAAAAGGACGGCCUUCAAGCAAGGGAACCCCAGAUAUUCUGGAGGUCGAAGGUCACAGGAUCGUAAUCGAAGUGGUUCUUCUUCGGGAAGUUAUCACAGACAUCAAGGAGCCAGGAAAAGGACAUCUUACGAACAAUCGUCUUCGUCGGAGGACAACAUGAAUACAUCCUAAAAGUGCGCAAAAAGUUUUGUUUCAUUGAAAGGUGUUUCUCUAUUGGUGAUACCACCCCUUGGAGUGUAAUGUCUGCCAGGACAGACGGUGUGCUUUUAUAUUCUUUACAAAGUUGGGCAUAAUAGCGUUUGUUAACAAACCCAGGAAGUGGACGGGAUACUUUUUACAUAAAAUGUUUUCACAAGCGUCUGCUUCAGUUUAAACAAAUCAACUCAUCUUUGCUCUCCUGCUUACAGGACGCUCUACAGUGUUGUUUAUAGAUAUAAAAUGCUCAAUUCAUUGAAACAUGUUGGUUAAUACAACAUUUCUAAGCGUCGCGUAAGUACCAUUCGAAUCAUGUCAAUCAAAAAUCCAAAUUCAUAUCCAAAACCUAAUAUACAUACGCUUAUACCUCAACAGUGUAAAUUGCCUGUGACCGAACCCGAUGAAAAAGUUCGUAACGUGAAGAAAACAUAGGAAAGGAAACAAGGAAGGAAAAGUCUAUGGUAAGCAUAGGCCUGAAAAAAGAAAGAAAGAAAAAAAACUAUCGCCAUCACUUUGCAAAAUCCGCAGUUACGGACUCUGAGUGGAAAUGGCCAGAAGCGAAAGGAAAUUUGAGAGGAUACUCAAUGAAGCAAUAUAACUUUUUUGAGAGUUUCGACUCUUUUUCUCUUUUUAUGGUGAAAGUUUUUGAGUUCGUUUUCGUGUCGUGACAUCUUUCAAAAUUACAUUGCCUGUAACAUUUGUACUACAGCCAUAGAACUUUGUAUUAGGAAAAAAUAUGCUUUCUUUAACGUCAACAUUAAGUAACUUUAUGGGUACAAGUAAAAGAAAAAGGGAUUGUCAGAUGGACAAUGUGAACUUUUGAUCAACACUAACACACACACACACAUACACAUAUACACACACACACACACAGGAGAAUUUAUAUAGUCAAACUAAAGUAUUGCUGGUGUAAUGGGUUGGUGUCCUUCCCUAACCACUACUAACUCUAUUAUCACUAUCAUUAAUAUUACAGCAUUUGCUCUCUCCAGAGUUCCUAUUUCUCUGUAUAACCCUGAUAAAAGCCACUAAUCUUCAAAACUCGUCUAUCCAGACUUCUACUACAAACGGAAUGCAUUUCUCCAAUAAACAUUUUUCUGAGAAGUACAAUACACGAACAUGAUGUCACUCAACACCACUGAAGUGACCUCCAGAAGCUUCCUAACUGAUUUUGCUAAAUGAAUGCACUAAAGUUUUAAUCAGCUGAAACCGGAAAGAAAUCAAUCUUCGUUAAAUGCCAGUAUGACAUCUAAAAGUCAAGAGCUAUUUAUUUUUCAUCACAUUCUUCUCUUGUGAAAGAUCACAGAACUAUGCGGACUAUUCACAAGGAGCAAGGUUAUAUUGGUUGAUCUGGUACAUAAAUCUGGCGUUGCACUACUGGACCAAAAUCUUGGAUAAAGAAGAGGAACUUCUUUCUGUAACUUUUCAAUGUUGUAUAAUAAAAACUUGAUCAUAAAUUAUUAGACAUAAAGACUCAGUGCUUCAAAUACACGACACCAAUAUCAGCAUGGCCUUAACACAUUUUUUAUGCCUAUUAUGAUGCCCUCGUACAGUAUGGCAGGGAUAAUGAAAUUUUCAUGCAAAUUAGGGCCUUACCGAAGCUAUCUCACUGACGCUGGUAUUAUCACACUACAAUGGUUGGUUUGUGUGUAUUUUCAAAUCAUAUAGACAAUAGCAACUGGCUAAACAAAGUAUCCUCAAAAUGUAGCAUAAAUGACAAGAAGUGUUUCCAGAUUCACUUGAACAUCAAAUAGAAAGCAUUUUGGUAGUUAAAGUACAUACUACCGAAUUUUCAUAGGCGAGGGCAUGAGAACUGUUGACUUUACCUUUACCAAACUUCCCGAAAAAAUAAC